AUGGAGUCUAUAUCUGCCUUCCUGGCGAGACAGGUCGCGAUCUUCAGCGCAGACCUGGACCCUCAGCUGAAGCAAGCGCUGAAGUCGUGCACGGCUCCUAAGGACAUCAUGAGCAAGGAGCCCUUCGAAGGCAUGCUUCGGGAAAUCGACGAGCUCAUCGAGCAGUUGUGCAAGAAGCCCGCAGCGGAAGUGGCCGAGCCCCCGGCCCCCGUCGCAACGACCGCCACAGCCCCACUGGGAUCUUCGCUGGACACCCUCCUAGGGCAGGAACAUGUUGCCGGCGAGCAUGGGGAGACCUUCGAGAAGUUCUUCCAGGAGGCCACAGAGACGGUGGACAAGUUCGUGAAAUUGAUUGUGGAUCAUUCGAGUGUCGGUGACUUCAAAUCGGUGCUAGAGCACUCAGCCCUGGCCAGCGCAGCCGUGGGACCGGAGUCCCGUAGCCUGCUGAUCUACGACACCAAGAACGUCGGGGAAGCAAGUGCUCAACCGCACAUAAGACUGCCGAACUUCCGAGCUGCACAUCUCAAGAAGGACCAGCUGGAGGGGAACGACACCGUUCUCGUCCUGGACGGGAACAGGUAUAUAGCCCCUGGAAUCAUGUCGGCCUUCACCAAGGUGUCGUCCGGAGAUAACAUGGACGAGAAAUGCAGGCAGGAGAUCUGCAUCUACUACCAGGAGCAGACAGUCCGUGCACGGAAAUGCCGCAGCAGGGGCAUCGUGGACACGCACGAGACAAUGCAUGUUGUGACGUGCGGGAGCUUGAACAUGCCGAGCAAAGAACGAGCCGUGUAUACCACAGGCACCACCAUGAGCUCAACACUCGGACCAGUGCAAGUCGAGAAAUACGAAGCCGCCGCUACGUGGAAAGUGGAGGAAUCCGUGAAAAGCAAGUUGCUCGGUCCAGCCGGCAAGGUCCUGUCUGGAGGAGGGCUCCCUGAUGCGCCGGAGAAACCCACACUGGAGCACAACAUGACGGUAAUGACGUUCCACGGGAUGCCUGUGCCUUUCUACGAGGAACUCAUGCACAGCUACCAAGCCGGGGUCGUGUACCACGCCCUGGAUGUCGACGGAGCUUGCGCUAAGGCGGCCAUCAAGCGCAAAACCAGCUGCGUCAGUGUCGUACACACUGAAGAGCACAGGCGUCGCCUACAUGAUCACCUGGUUCACUGGGUUUGGCAGCAAUUCCUGGAGACGGGCGGGGACUUGUUCCAGGUAGGCCUGCCUUAG